AUGAGUACAAAACCACGCAACCAAAAGGGAAAGGGUGAACUUACAGAGGAACAGAGGGCAGAAAUAGAAGAAGCAUUUAAACUCCUUGAUUUUGAUGGCGAUAAUUACAUUUCAACAAAAGAUAUCAAAAUUGCAUUACGAUCUAUUGGUUUUGAGCCAACAAAACAAGAAAUUAUUCAUAUGAUUGGAGACCUUGAUCCUAAUUCAAAUGGAAAAAUUUCAUUACCACUUUUUAUCCAAAUGAUGACAAAAAAGAGAGUUGAAAUGAAUCCAGACGAAGAAAUUAGAAGGGCUUUCAAAUUAUUUGCAGAUGAAUCAGGUGAAGGAAUUCGUGCAGCAGAUAUCAAAAGAGUUAGUAUCGAAUUAGGAGAAACUUUAACAGACGAAGAACUAAAAGAUAUUGUCGAAGAAGCAGAUAGGGAUAAUGAUGGAAUUAUUACUUUUGAAGACUUUGCAAAUGUAAUGCACAAAACUUCAAUGUUUUAG